AUGGGAGAACUACUCCAUGGAGAAAGAGGCAAAAGCAGAAUCAGACGCGGAAUUCAUACUGUGAAGGAUGGAUUCCUGCUCCUGGACGUUGAUUGGCACUCCUCCAAGCUCAAGCCAAGCUCCAAUGGUGAUGAAUAUCAAGCUAGGGCACUUGGAGACUCUUGUUCGUCGCUUUCUCUCUCUAGGAAUCGCUCUAUCUCUCUCAAACUCGAAUCCCCUUCUGUUUUGGCUGAAAUCUGCUUAAAAGGGCAUCACUGGGCAAAACACGGUCGAGGGCACGGCCGUGCUUUGCUCCAGCCCGCCCGUGCUUUGGCUAGGGUUAAUUACACGGCCAGCCUGUUGGAAGAAACACGACCGUGCUUUUGGGUGGACACGGGCGUGCUUUGGUGGAAACGCCCGUGUAAUUUCUCAGCCCUGCCCGUGUUUUGGCUCGUGUUUGCCAAACUCAAAUCAGCUCUCGGCAGUAAAAGCACGGCCUAG